AUGACUUCAAUAAUUUCAAUAAUGGAAAAAAAUUAUUUUUAUAUUUUAUCAGUAAACUAUAUAAUAUCAACUCAAUGUCUAGUAUCAUCUUCACCAUCAUCAUUACCGACACUGUCAUUUUCAUAUAAUUAUAGACGUUCAACAACUUAUUGGGUAUUUUGGUAUUAUGGUGAUAGUGGUGAUAGACAAUGUGGAAAUUAUUGCAUAAUAGUAUUUUCAAUAGUAGCGUUUUUAUUAUUAUGUAUAAUAUUAUGUGGAUGCCUAAAAUGUUAUUUCAUAAGACAACGUUAUAAAGAAGAUGAAAAGUAUACUGGUGAUUCAAGCAUUGAAAACGCAUUAGCUGCAGUUUGGCCUGAUCAAGCUCCUUACGGCGAUGAAACCGUAGGCGAUGAACCAAAUUUUUUUCAUAAUCUUAGACGUCGAAGCCCAUUCCAGGCUGUAAGAUAUGCUAAUAAAUUUUCAAAAGAUCAUCCACCAUUUGAAGCUUUACCACCCCCUGAACAUAUGAAUUACCUUAAAGAUACUGGUAUAAACGCAUGGAAAUUUUCUGACGAUAAUUUAAUAAGAGCAAACAUUAUCACUCAUCUAUUAAGUAGUGAUAAUCAACAUCAAGACUUAUCAUUGGCACCUCCACCUUACGAAUUACCUUCAACUUCUGCUCUUGGCAAACCUGGCAAAUGGUUUUAUUAUUACGAAGUUACAAUACGUUCUAAUCCUAAUAAAAAAGAUACAACAAUUGCAAUUGGUUUGGCAACAAAACCUUAUCCUAAUUAUAGAUUGCCUGGUUGGAGCAUUCAUUCAGUAGGUUAUCAUUCAAAUAAUGGAAAUAAAUUUCAUAAUGAGUCAUUUGCUGGCAGAGAAUACGGUGAAAAAUGGGGCGACGAAGGCGACACGAUAGGAUGUGGAUAUUAUCCUAAUACUGGUUAUGUGUUUUUUACAAAAAAUGGCAAAUUUCAAGAAAUUGCAUUUACUGGAUUAUUUCAUAUCUGGUUUCCAACAAUUGGUACAGAUGGCGAAUGCACUAUGGAAAUAAAUUUCGGAGACAAUAAUGGAAAAGAAUUUGUGUAUCAAGAAGCCAUUGGUAUGAGUGUAUGUGGACCUAUUAAUAAUGAAAUAAUAUCAAAUGAAAAUGAAUUACAUAUUA